AUCCUCUCUUUCAUAUAAGUUAUUACUAGAGAAAUACGCCAAACUUUUUCACAAUGGCAUCAAACUCAAUGUCUUCUUAUGGAUCUGGCUCAUGGACUGUUAAGCAGAACAAAGCCUUUGAGCGUGCUCUAGCAACCUAUGACCAAGACACUCCUGACCGUUGGUAUAAUGUUGCUAGAGCUGUUGGUGGAACAACCCCUGAUGAAGCUAAGAGACAAUAUGACCUUCUCGUACGUGACAUCGAAAUCAUCGAUAAUGGGCAUGUGCCAUUCCCUAACUACACGACUACUGGAGGCAGAACCAAAGGCAGGCUGCGUGAUGAGGAAAAAAGUGCCUCCUUAGGCUUUGUAACAAACCAGACAACAAAAGGAUGAGAAACAUGAAGCUGCAGUAAAACAAGAAGCAACAAAGCCUAAACUAUUGUAUGAAUCAAAAAAAAAAAAAAAGAACUACGCAUAUCAUCAGUUUCAAUGAAGUCCGACGACGAGUUUAUGUUUGUAUUUUUAUUUCCCAUAUUUUCUCCAGCCUUAGAGCAGCAUUAUCGAUAACCAACUGCUAUAGUUUUUAAAAAAAAAUUAUGUUAGUAUUAUAAUUAUCUAAGUACAUUCUAGCUUUCUAGUAUUAAUUGAAUCAAUAAUAAAGUGACAGGUGCUAUAUGAGGUUUUAGACCGCAUACAAAAAGUGUUUAAAUUGGGUUCUUGACUUAAUAUAUCCUCAACUCUUUAAUUUUGGCAUAAUUAAGAUUUACUUUUAUUUUGGCAUAAUAAAUAUUAAACUCUUUCAAAAAAUCUGCCUAAAUCCUAAAAUUUCUAUUUUUUUGGCUAAAAAGAGCUUUGGUUAACUUACAUUGUAACCUCGUCACGUAUCCAUUACGUCUUUCUCUCUUUUUUUUUCUGAACUUCACGAAAACUCAAAUCCCUAAAUCUGAGCCAAAUGAUCACGAUGCAUAAUAUGUGACAAAAGUUGGAGAUUAGAAGAUCAUGCUAUGUGUGUUAUCAUAGGGAAAAAAAUUAAAUCUUGAUGACUAUGUACCAGAGUACUUUACUACUCAUAAGUGGCAGCAAACAUAUGCUCGAGGGAUGAGAACUGUACAAGGGAUGAAAUUAUGGCUGCGGCUAAAUAGAUAUCCUAUUAUACCACUAGAUCCAAGCCCAAAAUGAGGAAGAAAAAGGAAUCAUAACUAGCGUAAAGAACCCCACGAAGAUCUAUCAAAGAGGGGAAGAAUGACAGGUGAUGAUGGUAGGACAAUUACAUGCUCACACUGUAAGCAAGAGGGGCGCAACAAAACAACAUUUUCUAAUCCUCUAAUGGUGGUAGAAAAACGUGCUCAAGGUCGAUCAGAAAAAUAACCAUAGUAUAUGGUUUAGCUUUUGAUUAUCUUUUUUUUUAACACAAGCUUUUGAUUAUCUUAUUUAUAGUUUUGGUUAUCUUUGUAUAUGCUCUUUUGAUUAUAUUUCUCAUGAAUUUUAUUCAUAAUAUCUGUUCUUGUAGGCUGGCCAAAUGUUGCAAACAUAUGGACAGGCUAUUUAGAGAAAUCUGAAUAGUCUUACUGUUUUCUUUUUCUUUUGAAUGACGAUAAUCUUGUUUGGAAUUUUUUUUGAAACUGCUCUUGUUUGGAUUUUCCUGUCACAGUCUUCUUUGGAUUCUGCUUCUCUGGGAUUUAAUAGUAUUGGAAUAAUGUUUCGAAGUUUGUUCCUUUUUUGAAAAAAAAUUUUAUUUUAUUUUUUUCUUCUUAAUGUUGAACUUAUAAUAUAUUAGCAGACGUCAUCAUCGCGACUCCACAAGAACAUCAAUAUUAGUUGUUUUGUCUUUAUCUUACAAGUUUUCACUCUUUGCUCUGUUUUAAAUAAGUCUGCAACUUAACUGUAUAAAUGGGAUGGUGAAGAGAGAAGACAAGAAAACGCCUUUAAAAAGAAAAGUUGACGGUGUCAUGACUGAUUUUAACAGUAGCUCUUUAUAGCCAAACUAUAGAAAUUUUAGGAUUUAAUUAGAGUUUUUGAAAGAGUUUAGUAUUUAUUAUGAUAAAAUAAAAAUUAGAGCUUAAUUAUGUCCAAACUAAAGACUUGAGAAUUUAUUAUGCCAAAAACCCGUAUACAUUAGAACUCUUACACACUCUCCUUCGCCCUUUCUUAAUAUUUUUAUUCUCUUUAAUUGCUAGGAACCUAUUAAGAACUUAAGCGUUGAAGUUACUUUUAGAGCACCUAGAGUGGUUCUUUUCCACAUGGUUCUCUAUCUACAAAAAAAAAUAAAAAACUAAGAGCAAAUUAGCUCAAUACACUGAAAAGAGUGGGAUACCAUUGAAUUGAGGGAAAAUGGUAGUGUUAGGGGGAAAAAAAUUGAGGGGAAAUAGUGUAUGGAGUGCAAAUAGAGAGGAAGUUGUGUGUAGGGAGUACAAAUACUCAAAAACUAAACAGCAGCAAAGAGAGAGAUAAAUAAAUGAGGUACGUCUCUUCAUGCAUAAACUCUUCAACAAUAGUAAGAAACGCCAAUGCCACUUGGCAUUGCUCUCAAUCACCCAUUUUUGUUUCGGAUUAAAAAUUUCAACUAUAUAAUAUAUUACUUAAAAAAUAAAAUAAUAUAAUAUUUAUAAGAGAAUUAGUUUGAGAAACUAAUUAAUGCUGAUGUUCUUAGACCAUCAUUAACAGUAAAGGAGUCGGGUUUUUUUUUUUAAAUUUUUUGUCUGAUUUAGAAAAAAAAUUAAAAACAAAUCAACCGCGGAUCGCAUAUAUCAAUGGAGUCUGCAAAAAGUGGUAAAAUCCUCCCAAAUUCGCCUCUUACGAAAGAGGUAGAAAAGACAGUCCUAAAAAUAAUGAUGGGAUCCGCAUGGUUUUAAUUUUUUUUUUGAAGGGGCAGCUUUAAGAAGCUCCGUUGUUGAUGCUCUUAGAAUCUACUACUAGCUAUGGUUUUUAGUAAUGAGAAAGCCAAUUGUCUAAAUUAAUUAAAUGUUGAUCAAUAUAAUUGCCAUCAUUAUUAUUCAAUUCGUUUCAUUGUAGUUGUCGUUUUAGUUUUAUGAACACAUAUUAAAAAUAUAUUUAAUUUUACAUAUUUCCUAUGUUUCAUUAUAAGUGUCAUUUACACAUCUUUCACACAUAUUAAAAGAAUGAUUGAAAUAUAUUUAUGUUCUAAUUAAUUACAUCUAAUUGACCAAUAAUAUUUGAGAUAAAUAAGUUUAUUUAUUAGAACAAUAUAUUUUACAAUUAAUAUUCAGUAGAAAAUAAGUAAAAAUUGCAUUGGAAAUAUAAAACGAUAUAUUUUAUGUAACAAGAAAAAAAUCUAAAGUGGCACUCUUUAAAAAACAGAGAGAGUAUAUUCUAAAUAAAACAUUACUACUAUCUACAUAAUAAGAUAGAAUAA